CGGAGGCAGGGGGAUGACCGGGAGUGUGAGACGCGGACGCGGAGGCAGGGGGAUGACCGGGAGUGUGACACGCGGAGGCGGAGGCAGGGGGAUGACCGGGAGUGUGAGACGCGGACGCGGAGGCAGGGGGAUGACCGGGAGUGUGAGACACGGAUUCGGAGGCAGGGGGAUGACCGGGAGUGUGAGACGCGGACGCGGAGGUCCCGGGAUCCGGUUCCCGCCGGUUUCGGCGCUGAAGGCCGCGGACGCCGGAGGAGACUUCGACCUGGGGGACGCGCUCGGCGAUCCAACCAAGAAGCCGCCGCCCAAGGGCCCGACGGCGCCAAAGAAGCCGGCGUCAGACGACCUGAACCUGGACGACGCGCUGCCCGGGGCGUUGCUUCGCCCACCCAGGCUCCGCCUCCUUCCUCCUAACCUCCCGCCCCCAGGGGGAAUCUCAGACCGCGACCUGGAGGACGUCGCCGGGAGCGGAGGGAGAGGAGGCGGAGGGCGGAGCGAGGAGCCGGAGCCUGAAGGCUCGCCCCAGGGCCUGGUCCCGGGCGUGGUCGCCGCCGUGGUGGCCGCAGUCGCCGGCGCCGUCUCGAGCUUCGUCGCCUACCAGAAGAAGCGUCUGUGCUUCCGGGAGCCGGACUCCGCCCCCGUCUAGGACGCCAGCACCGCCCAGGCCGACUCCGCCCACAACGACAUCGCCGCGCCCACCGCGGGCAUCCCCCUGCCUCAGCUCUGGGGCCCCCAGGGUUGUGGGAAAUAAAGGAGUUCGAUGCCUAA